ACCAUUGUUGAAUAAAAUACUGAAAUAUUGCUUUCUGGGUGACAAAUCCAAUCAUAUUAUAAUCCCGGCCUAUAAGAUGAAGUAUCAUAUUCUAUGACCUAUAGUUUUAUCCUGAUCAAUUAUAUAUUAAUAGGAAUCAACUGUCCUAAUCUCAAGAGUCUCCACAUGCUAUGAGAUCUAUCACAUAAUGCACGCAUUUUUUUAUUUCUUCUUUAUUCAUAAGUGUUUUUUAGUUGACUAUAAAUGUGCUUAGUCUAUAAUUAUAUUCGAUUAGACUCAUGGAAUCAACUACAAAUAUGUGCUUUUCUAUAAAAAAAUAUUAUUGUCAGAAUUUUUUUCUGGUUUAUAAUGGCUAACGCGGUAAGGUAGGAGUAGAACUGAUCUUCUCUAGUCAAGUUGAGGAAAGGAAGAAAGAAGUGCAACUGUGCAAGGUUGUGAUGGAAAGAGAAGAGCGAGAACUUGAAGUUCCAAGGGUCAAACUUGGAAGCCAAGGACUUGAGGUAUCAAGGUUGGGGUUUGGAUGCCAGGGCUUAACUGGCCUCUUUGAUAUUCCUGCAGCUGAAGAGACCGGGAUUGCUAUUAUUUAUGAUGCAUUUCACAAAGGAGUCACUUUCUUUGAUACAGCAGAUUUCUAUGGGGGAUAUACGAAUGAAGUGAUUGUUGGAAAGGCACUGAAAUAUAUUCCUAGGGAAAAAGUUCAGAUAGCUAGCAAGUUUGGCAUUGUGAGCCUAGGCCCUCCUCAAAUGAUAGUGAAGGGAACACGGGAAUAUGUACGUUCAUGCUGCGAAGCUAGCUUGCAGCGCCUUAAUGUAGAUUACAUUGAUCUAUAUUACCAGCACCGUGUUGAUACUUCAGUACCCAUAGAGGAAACGAUGGGAGAGCUUAAGAAGCUAGUGGAAGAAGGGAAAAUUCGGUAUAUAGGACUGUCAGAGGCAAGUCCUGACACCAUCAGAAGGGCCCAUGCUGUUCAUCCUAUCUCUACUGUGCAGAUGGAGUGGUCUCUGUGGACUCGGGACAUCGAGGAAGAGAUUGUUCCCCUUUGCAGAGAACUUGGGAUUGGUAUUGUUGUGUACAGCCCUCUUGGCCGAGGAUUUUUCGCUGGAAAAGGAAUUGUGGAGGCUCUGCCUCAAAAUAGUUUCUUGGCCAAUCACCCUCGACAUCGUUCAGAGAGUUUGGACAAAAACAAGAUGAUAUAUGAUAGGCUGGAGAAAAUCUCCAAGAAACAUGGAUGCACACCAGCUCAACUAGCUCUUUCAUGGAUUAUGCGCCAAGGGAAUGAUGUAGUUCCCAUUCCUGGAACAACCAAAAUCAAGAACUUGGAUACCAACAUUGGAUCCUUGAAGGUCAAGCUCACUGAAGAAGAAUCCAAAGAAGUGUCUGAUGCUGUGCCACUCUGUGAGGUUGCUGGUGACAGAACAUAUGAAGGCAUGAUUGCAAAGACAUGGAAGUUCGCAAAUACACCUCCAUUGGAUCACCCUCAAAACUGAUUUUUUCUAGAAGGUCAGACGAAAAGUUGAACCUGAAUGUAUCAUGCAAUUCAUGCAAUCCUUUUUUUUGACAAAUUCGAAACAUAUUUCCUUAAACAUGACUAAAAACAUGAAAUCCACUGACUGAAUCUCCUCUUGAA